UGAGGCAGCGUUUGUCAUGUGUAGAUAGCAACGAUAGAUACCCGUUUGACAAAGUGCCUCAACCUUUUUACCUGUGCAAACAACACCCUGCCUUCCAAUACCUUCCUCAAUCCACCCGGUUUAAAGUCAUGCUGCUCCUGGCCUGUUCGUACCAAGAGGGCUUACCUGGCAAACACCGGGUGUCCACAGCAUUUCAUUGUCACCUGCACUCAACUUCUAUGGUCAAGAAAUGUGGGCGUGCGUGCGUGCGGGUGUGGGUCUGUACGCGUCCUUGAUCAUAUGAUAACUUGAUUUUGCUGUCUCUGGGGAUUCAAGAGAUCUUGUUUGUUGGUCUGCUAGGGUGUCAUUCCGGAUGUCAUAGAAAAGUCAGAGUAGGUUAUCUGUGUAAGCACACGCACGGUGGGUACCCACGAGGAGUUUGUGUACUGAUAGUUUGAUUACUUUUCCACCAGAUGCAUAUGUUGGCGACCAGGUGAAAUUCUAGACGUUGAGGGGGAGACCAACAUUCGCCGGAUGGCUGCCCCCCGGGGUAACUCACGGCCAGUGGCGGGAGUGAGGAGGACCAGACGUACCCCGGAGGAGAGUAGGAGUAGCCUGCAGCAGCUGUUGAAGGAGAUAAACAAAGGUGGACGAGCUGACGUCACAGAAAUCUCGCGUCUGCUGGACAGCGGCGACCUGGGGCCACUGCACGACCUCCGGGACCCUGGACAAGUACCUAUACUAAAUGUGGCUAUUAAGAGUCGAAGCAAUUCUGCUGCACGAGUCCUUCUGAAAAGGGGAGUUAAUCCUAUGCUUACAGACCUGCAAGGCCACACCGCCCUCCACGCAGCCGCCAUACACGACAACUACCAGCUACUGGUCGACAUGAUGCAAGGAUGUGACGUCAAUGUGCAGGAUGACAAUGGCCAGACACCAUUGCACAUCGCAGCCAGAAACACCUGCGCCGAGACCUGCAACUGGUUGGUUUUCCUGGGAGCUAACCCUAACAUUCCGACAAGGAUUGGUCAGACUGCUAAGGAGCUGACGACCUGGAACGUCAUACAUCAGAUACUACGGGAAUACUCCCCUGGUCGUUCUCCGGUGACAACAGCGACACUCAGUGUGGGCAGUCCUUUCGUUGCUGACGACCUCCAGUUCUCUCUGCAACUCCUGCCACAGAGUAACAUCAGGAGUGCAAAACUCUUCUACCGCGUCUGUACGGAGAUCAGCGCCAACCUGAGGACAGAGGACGAGGAGGUCUGGGGGCCGAUGGCGGAGUACCGUCUGUUGCAGCAGCUUCGUGUGCACCUCGUCUACCCUCUGCACGAGGAGCUGGAGAAGUUCUACGAGCUCGUGUUGCGGAUGGUGUCGGCAGGCGGUAGAAGGCGCGACCUGACCCUGGAGGUCAAGAAGCUCCGCUCGGCUCAAGCGGCGCAGACGAGCCCACGACAGGAUAAAGAUUCAGGUGUUGAAGACGAAGAACCAGUAGCCGACGUUGUGGAAGGUCACGUGGACGCAGAGCUGGAUGUGGCGGGAGCCAUCUUGCUAGUAUACCGUCCCACGCAGCAGCAAGUGGAGCUUGGUGAAAGCUGCAGGAAAAUAGAAUCCGCCGUGAGCAAUGGCAUAACACUCGGUGUCAACGAAGUCUUCAAAGGAAAAGUAAAAGGACAACUUCAGAUCGAGCCCAGUGUGCCAGUCAAAGACACUAAAGCACUCACGGGGGCUGCUGUAGUGGAGGACAGUGAGGUGCAGUCGCAGACAGGCUACCACAAAUUCCAGAUGGACCAGAAGGACAUCACCCCCGAUGUCGAAAGAAACCUUCAUCUGACGGUGCCGAGUCCUCAAGGGUACACUGGCGGGAACCUGACCGUGUGGUCCAGGAUGAUGUCAGUGGACUCGACCUCAGGGUCAGAGAGCGAAGUUGACAACGACGAAAGAGAGGCUGGGCGAUGGCGCAAGGUCGAGGUCGUCAAACUACCGAGAGAGGCCAAGUGCUUCCGGCUGCCUGUCGCCAUUAAUCAGACGAUGACAGCGAUGGAGGUGACGAAGAACGUACCCGAAGAAAAGCUUCGCCGGCGAGUGGCUAAACAGUACAAGAUGCGGAAAAACAAACCUGUUGUCUUCUUCGUGGCAUCAAGACCAUGGCCAGGUUGGCGGGAGUGCCAGGAGCUGUUGAUGGUAGUGACGUCACCUGCACACCUGUCCAAUCAGCUUCGCAAACACCUGGUGGGGGGCUUCAUGGCUCUCCAGCUCAGCGGUGAGCUCUUCGUGCCUAAGGUGACCUCCUUUCUCAUCUCAGUCGUCGGCGACGUUCUCAUCGAGCAUGGGGACAGAGAGGCCGUGCUGAGUUAUCGCUAUGGCAUGAAAUGGCCUUCAACUUCCGGUGGCGACUUCUGCAAGUUCGUGCUGCGAGGAAGACAAGAGGUGCGCGUGCGAGAGGGAGGUUUCUCUAUUUCCAAGAAGAUAAAGGGAAGGAAGGGUCAAGAUCAGGUGUGGAAGGACAUGGGUGUCCUCAGAUUUAGCCUCAGCACGGAGAGACAAUCUCUAAUAGGGACUGGAACAAAACCUGAAAACAAGAUGGCGCCGUUUACUGACGUCCUGCUGAUGGACAUCGCCAGCAAAGUCCUGGCCUCAGAAGCGCAGCAGCUGGGCAUCCGCAUGGGGCUGACCAGGUCCGAGGUGGAUGCUAUAGUCAGCGACGAGAGAACACGCUCUCCGGUCUUCCGGACAUUCGAAAUGUUGGCAAGAGUGCGAGGAAAAUGUCCGACACUUGUAGACUUUGGGACACGUCUGGUCAGUGCCUUGGUGUCCAUGGAGUGGACUGACAUUGUCGAAUGGCUGCUGAAUCAAGGAGAAAUUAGAAGAUGGUCCGGAUUUGAUGAACUAAAUGUAACCAAGCAGAAAUGAAUGGACCGGGUAAAAGGAUUCUCAGUGACUGAUGGAGAGUUGUCUUACUGACAACUUUUCUGAAUUGUUUCCCUUGAACGUCGAUGGUGACUUGUGGACUUUUUGAGUUUUAUUACAACUGAGUUGGUUCAACAUUUCAGAUGUAAACUCGUUUUAACAACAGUUAGAAUAGUAUCGUGUUGACGACAAAGACACAGGUGAGCUGGUUUCAGACGUUAACGAAUACUUAAUUAUGUUUUGAUAAUGUUAGCAAAACCUGAACGACUGAUAAUCUGAUAAUGUUUUAGACAUAGAAAUGAGAACUCCAGAAUGAUCGUGGACGUCGCAUUCGAAAGAAAAUUUUUUUUUGGAAAAACACACACAGGUGGGAGACAUGCCUCCACAAGAUUCAGCCAUUUACUGAGGAGAGAAACGGCCGAGUGUUUGAAAUGUUUGUAUGUGAGAAUGCACGCAGGUGAGGUAGAGAAAAGAGAGAGAUGAACUCUCAAGGUAACAUUUGAUUCACCCGUGAGAUGUAUGAGAAAGCUACAGCACUAUGAUAAGUGCAUCAUUGUUCUUCUACAUACGAUGAUAUUCUCUCUUUUUCAUUCUGGACCACAUUAGGACCAAGCAUCCAUUGUGCUGUCCGGGAACGCUUGUUCUCUUUUGCAAUAUUAUAUUCCACAAUAAAACUCGCUGG